CUCAGAACGGGACUGGACUGAACUCAGCAAAAGCCGUAAAGCCGUAAAGCCAUAAGGCAUUGCCAUUUUUUCCUUCAACCCUGAAACCAGUUGUUCCAUCGUCCUCUCGAGAGCUAAAAUUAAAUCCAUGAGAUUUAAUCGAUCCGAUGGCGUCCUUCUUCUGAUGCUCUCUUUGUUCCUCUUGCUUACUCCUGGAGAAUCCAGUGAAGUAUGCAAGUCUCCUGGUGGACGGUUUCCCCCUUACAAAAACGAAGGAAAACCCCCAAUAACAAUAACCAAAGGCCCUAAAGAUUUAAACAUUUGUAGGGUAUUCCGUACAAAGACAUGUUGUGAUGUGGACCAGACACAUCCUGCUCUUUUAUCUAUUAGAAGGUUAGCCUCAUCUGGUGAAGCUAGCCAAGAUUGCUUGAAUUUAUGGGAAUUACUAGAAUGUUCUAUAUGUGAUCCCUGGGUUGGUGUUCAGUCAGGACUUCCAGUUAUUUGUCCUACUCUGUGCGAUAAAGUUUAUGAGGCUUGCGCCAACGCAUACUUCUCUAUGGACGUGAAAACACAGGUCCUAGCUCCGUGUGGAGUGAAUGACUUUGUUUGCGGUAGAGCAUCUAAAUGGAUCUCUAACGGAACAGACCUCUGCCGAGCUGCAGGGUUUGCUGUUAAGACAUCUGAUCAUAUUGAAGAAACGUCUUGCUAUGGUGGGAAAGCUAGUCUAGAUACGAUUGCGAAAUCAUGGAAGGGUUCGCAGUCUGCCGUACCAAAGAAACCGACUAAAUUGGGAUCAUGGAAUGAUUUCCAAAAGUGGGCAAAAAAGACUCCGUUUGGUGAGAAAGUCUGUUGGGCUGUGGGUGGAAUGGUUCUUACAGCAGGACUCUUCUUUUUAAGUUAAUUGGGAUAAUGCAGUAAAAGGAAGAGUCACAAUCAACGACAGAAAUCAUACACCAUCAAGAAACCAGAAGCGAAAACAAGUAAAAAUUUCCCCGUCAGAGGUGGACGGAAAAUUGGAGUCCGUACAUAAAAGAUGUAACCGUUUUCAACUUCUUGGCAGGUUAGCCAUGAAGUUUGUGUUUUUUUUCAUUGGAUUGGAAAAAACAAUCUUCUUUUUAAUGCUUUCAUUUGAUGAUAAGAGACUCAAUAAUGCUAUUUUAGGAAAGAUCUAGAUUUGUUAUCUAUACUUACAAACACAUGUUUGAUAUAAGUGUUAUAGCUGUUAAGGUAGCAAUGAGAAGAGUAACAAACAUGAUGAUGAUAUGUGUCCAAAUUUUGUUUAGAGAUAUUUGAUUUGAUUUCGAAGAAAACUGUCACAA